CAUAAUAUGCAAAGAAUUUCAGUGUAACGGUUUAUAAGAUAUAUAUAAACAUAGACAAAAUUAAGGUUUAAAAUAAUAUAUACUUUGCUGCUGUUGUUGAUCAUGGGGCGUUGGGUUAGACCAGAGGUUUAUCCAUUAAUGGCUGCAAUGACCUUCGUCACAAGCAUGUGCGUAUUUCAGCUUACGAGGAAUGUGUUUAUGAACCCUGAUGUCAGGGUGAAUAAAGCUAAUAGAAGCAUGGGAGUACUGGAUAACAAAGACGAAGGAGAGAAAUAUGCAGAGCAUAGUCUGAGGAGGUUCCUUCGAACAAGGCCCCCAGAAGUCAUGCCCACCAUCAAUCACUUCUUCUCCCAAGACAAACACUAAUCAAUAUUGAUAAUUUUAUUACUCUCUCUCAAAUUAUUAAGAAUUUAUGUGUUUCAAAUACUUUUAGAAUAUAUAAGUUGUUUAUAGUUUUGCUAAUUCGUUUUUUUUAUUAGCUGUUUUCCAUGUUGUUCCAGUUUUCUUUCAUUAAUUAUAUUUCUGAAAUUAUGGUAAUAUUAAAAUAUGUGUUUUCUAUUAAGUUAUUUUUAAUAUUUAAUAAUAUGAUGUAAAUAAGAAGAGAUUAAAAUUAUGUAUAUUUCUUCGUAUAAUAUAUAGGUAAUACAGCCUAAAAAUUUUAAUGGCGCCAGGCACGAUAACAUUACCAGGGAUUAUCUAUCCUUUAAGACUGAUUACA